AUGAAAUCCUUCUCUCUACUCCCAGCCUUGGUGCUUGCAGCGAGGGUCAUCGCGUUUCCCUCCUAUGCUUCGUUGGCCGGUCUCAGCGAGCGUGAAUUGGAUUCCGUCCUUCCUACGCUCGGCUAUCGAGAGCCAGCACCACCUCCUGGACCUCUGAAGGACACCUCGGCCAAAUUGGUCAAUGACAAGGCUCACCCGUGGAAACCACUUCGGCGAGGUGACAUCCGUGGGCCUUGUCCAGGUCUCAAUACAUUGGCGUCUCAUGGGUACCUCCCCAGAAAUGGAGUUGCAACCCCGGUGCAAAUCAUCAACGCCAUUCAGGAAGGAUUCAAUAUGGAGAAUUCCAUCGCCAUCUUCGUGACGUACGGGGCACACCUUGUGGACGGCAAUGUCAUCACGGACUUGUUGAGCAUUGGACGUAAGACGCCGCUCACUGGUCCCGAUCCCCCACCCCCAGCUAUCGUUGGUGGACUUAAUACGCAUGCCGUCUUCGAAGGCGACGCUAGCAUGACAAGAGGUGACGAUUUCUUCGGCAACAAUCACGAUUUCAAUGCAACGCUCUUUGACCAGUUUGUUGAUUUCAGUAACCGAUUCGGAGGAGGGAAAUAUAAUCUUACGGUCGCAGCAGAGCUCCGGUUCCAGCGUAUUCAAGACUCGAUUGCUACCAACCCACAGUUCUCCUUUGUCUCACCUCGAUUCUUCACCGCCUAUGCCGAGUCUGUCUUCCCCAUCAACUUUUUCGUCGAUGGGCGUAGGAACGACGGCCAGUUGGAUAUGGACGCUGCGCGGAGCUUUUUCCAAUUCCAUCGUAUGCCUGACGACUUCUUCCGCCCAAACGGAGCGAAGAGCGCCCAAGGAAUCGAGAGGGUCUUCCUGGCUCACCCCAUGCUGCCAGGAGGAAAUGUUGGCCAAAUUAACAGCUACACCCCUGAUCCUACUUCCGCCGACUUUACGAACCCCUGCCUGUUGUACGAGAACUUUGUCAACCAAACCAUCAAGGGGCUCUACCCAAAUCCAAAGGGAAAGCUUCGCAAAGCACUUAACACCAAUCUUGAUUUCUUUUACCAGGGGAUUGGUUCUGGAUGUGCGCAGGUAUUCCCAUACGGGCGGGAUUAA